AUGGCUUGGCGACGGGUCGGGCUGCUGCUGGUUCUGACUGGGACUUUGCUGCUGGUUUCUGUUCGGGGAUGGGGAUGGGAACGGGUCAGCAACAGUGAGCUUCUAAGGUUUUACGAGACUGGUCUGUGGAGGGAACCAUUCAGCUUUACAACAGAUGACGAUGAUGUAAAUGAAUUUCACGAAGGUAAAAUGCUCAAAGAAUCUGAAAGCAGUGGCAUGAAUGAAAAGACUCCCGAGGAAGCAAUUCUGGAAGAUGAUGUUUCCGCAUCUCCUGGGGAUGCACUUCAGGAAACUGAAGAUGACGACUAUGACGACUACAAAGAUGAGAUUUUUGACAUUGAAGGCUUUGCAACCAUUGAAAUGGUAGACCCGGUCACUGGCCACGUAGACGUAAAAGGUUCUGAAGGACGCCACCAGCCAUCAGUUAAAGGAGAUGAAUUUCAUGUUGAGUUUGUGGAUGCCCCUCCAAGAAGCUGGAUUGGCUGCACAAGUUCUGAAGGGAUAAAUGUGGAUUGCAGUGAAGAUGGCUUCCAAAUUACUCUACCUUCAGGUCGACUAAGUGGGAUUCUAGUUCUGGGCUAUGCAAACAUUUCUGUGGAGGAUGCUCCAGAGUCUUGUGGUUAUCACUUGAUCCACCACAAGAACAUCUUGACAGUACGCUUCGCUGGAUGCAACGUGAGGCAAGAUGUGGAAGAUGUUUACAGUCUACAACUGUCCACCAUCGUCUCUGGUCAGACCCAAGUGUUUCAUGCAUUUUGUGUCGAAAAUGCAAAAUACGUCUCUGGAGAGUUUCCUCCAACUUUUGACAAACGCACAAAAUGCAGUAAACCAACACCUCCAAACACAUUUCCCAUACCCUUGAAGUGUGGUCCCAGAACCACCGCGUCGUCACCGACAACUUGCAAACCAGCGAUUGUCAUGCCAAGAAAGUGGUUUGAAAGAACAGCUGUAGCACCGGUGACAACAGCCGUCCCCAUGAAGAUGAAUUUUACAAGCAAUGUUUUGUCGCCAACAAAGCCACACAAUUGUGCUGUUGAUGUGAGGGAGCAGAUUUCUUGUGGUCAAUCAGGAAUAUCACCAUCGGACUGUGAGAAGAAGGGCUGCUGUAUGGAUAUGUAUAAGAAAAACUGCUACUACCCGCUUGAUGAAUGCACUUCAGAUCAGCACUUUGUUUUUGCUCUUCGCCACAACUCUGCAGUCAUCCCCAUGGACCCCAGAAAGCUUGUUAUUCCUGGGAGUCCCCUUUGCAAACCAGUCAUUGUUAAUGAUGAGGUUGCCAUCUUUAAGAUCAAACUUGGAGAUUGUGGAGUUCAUUCUUACGAUGUUGGUGACAUGAAGAUCUACUUGAUUGAAGUGCACACUACUGUCAAUGCUCUCCACCUCAAGUAUGGAAUAAUUAGUAGAAGUGAUCCACUCAGGUUCAUGGUUGAGUGUCGCUACAGGAAGCGUGGUAAGGAUGCUGCUGAACCGUCAAUGGCCAGCGUCGGCUACAUGGUCAAGACCUCAACUUCCAAUUUGCCGUCAUCGAUAAUCUCCAGUGGCUUAUAUGACAUAGAGUUGAAGAUUGCCAAAGAUCACACAUAUUCAAGUUUCUAUCCAACAUACCAUCAGCCCUUGCAGCUGCUCCUUGGCCAUCCUGUGCAUCUUGAAUUGAAUCUGAAGGCUUCUGAUGCAUCAGAUGCAGUGAUACUUGUCAACUACUGCGUGGCUUACCCUCGCACUGCAAAUAACGCUUUGGUGCUGAUUCAUGAAGGGUGUGCCAAUCCCAACGAUCCAACAGUGUCUCUGCUUAAAGUUGACAACCUUCCCAACAGUCGUCAUCAGAAACGUUUUAAAGUGGACGCUUUCCGGUUUAUGGAUCAAACAAACGCAUAUCUAAAUGAAGAAAUUUACUUCAUGUGUUCUGCAGAAGUUUGUAUCGUGUCAGAAAAGCCUUGUGAACAGCAGUGCUUUGAUGCAAAUGCACUACAAGAAUUCUGA